UAUUGUCUGUUGGACGGUAACGCCGAGAAAAGGCUGUUGUUUGGCGCCUUUGCGGGGCCGGUUAGAUAUUAUAAAUUAUUAGGCAUUUAUUUAAAAGCGAACUAAAGUUCGCAAGCAAUAUAAAAUGGGCGACAAAGGCGAUGGAGAAACGUUUGAUGAUGCGGUUGAAGAGAGAGUUAUAAACGAAGAAUAUAAAAUAUGGAAGAAAAAUACACCUUUCUUAUACGACCUGGUGAUGACCCAUGCUCUAGAAUGGCCCUCGCUUACUGCUCAAUGGCUCCCAGACGUCACCAGGCCAGAAGGAAAAGAUUAUUCAGUACACAGAUUGAUUUUGGGCACACACACAUCAGAUGAGCAGAAUCAUCUGCUAAUUGCUAGCGUUCAGCUUCCAAAUGAAGAUGCACAAUUUGAUGCCAGUCAUUAUGAUAAUGAUAAAGGAGAAUUUGGUGGUUUCGGUUCUGUGUCUGGAAAAAUAGAUAUAGAGAUCAAAAUAAACCAUGAAGGUGAGGUGAACCGGGCCCGCUACAUGCCGCAGAACCCCUGCGUCAUUGCAACUAAGACACCUUCCUCUGAUGUCCUUGUGUUUGAUUACACAAAGCAUCCUUCAAAACCAGAACCUUCCGGAGAAUGUCAUCCAGACCUUAGAUUGCGAGGACACCAAAAAGAAGGCUAUGGACUAUCAUGGAACCCUAAUCUUAAUGGAUAUUUACUCUCUGCAAGUGAUGACCAUACUAUCUGUCUAUGGGACAUCAAUGCUACCCCGAAGGAGGGCCGUGUAAUUGAAGCGAAGUCAGUGUUCACGGGACACACGGCCGUGGUGGAGGAUGUGGCCUGGCAUCUCCUGCACGAGUCACUCUUUGGCUCAGUUGCUGAUGACCAGAAACUCAUGAUCUGGGAUACUAGAUGUAACAACACGUCGAAGCCGUCGCACACCGUGGACGCGCACACGGCGGAGGUGAACUGCCUCAGCUUCAACCCUUACUCGGAGUUCAUCCUGGCCACCGGCAGUGCUGACAAGACGGUGGCGCUGUGGGACCUGCGCAACCUGAAGCUGAAGCUGCACUCAUUCGAGUCGCACAAGGACGAGAUCUUCCAGGUGCAGUGGUCGCCGCACAACGAGACCAUCCUCGCCAGCAGCGGCACCGACAGGAGGUUGCACGUGUGGGACCUGUCGAAGAUCGGCGAGGAGCAGACGGCGGAGGACGCGGAGGACGGCCCUCCCGAGCUGCUCUUCAUCCACGGAGGACACACCGCCAAGAUCUCAGACUUCUCCUGGAACCCCAACGAGCCCUGGGUCAUCUGCUCCGUCUCCGAAGACAAUAUUAUGCAGGUAUGGCAGAUGGCGGAGAAUAUUUACAACGACGAGGAGCCGGAGACGCCCGCCUCCGAGCUGGAGUCCGGCGUCAACGUCAACCAUGGCUGAGCAUCCCCGCACCGUCACACCCUCACCCUCACACACCCUCACAACAUACCACAGACCAGACCAGAGACAAGUCUAGACAUGCCUCAAACACUUAGGUCCUAAUUCGGUAUUACAUGAUUUUUUGUUUGUUUUGUAGCAGAAGUAAUUCUUAUUUCAUCUCUCAGAGUUGUUAAUUAGUGAAUUAGAGACGGUAAAUAUGUCUUAUAUUCACGCAAAAUACAUGAUUUGCGGAACCCAUUGUCAUAAUAUUAAUUCUUAUUAAAAUACCACUAAGGUGUAACGACUCUGAGUGUAGCAGUCAUUUUGUAAUGAUUCAUUAUAUUUAUCUUCUUGUUUAACUACUUUACUGUUUCUUAAGCAUAUGAAUAAUUUGAUAUCUUUAGCUAAAUAAAUACUUUUAGGUAAUUGUUAAGUAAAUAAUUAGUAAUUAUCACAUUCGGAAUUACUGGAGGUGUAUUUUCGAUCUCAUUUCAUAAAUGUUGAUUCAUAGAUUAUAAAUACUACCAUAUUUCACUGUAAUUUUUAUGUUUCCUUACUAACAUCUAUUUCUAUCAGAAUAUCUAUUCCAGGACUAUAAAAAACUUCACAUAUUGCGGAAAAAUUACUCGAAAAACGACAUGUUUUCACCAAAAAUAAAAAUUGUACAAAGCAUGCUUUCCCCUUCAUAUGUAAUACCGCAUUUGAACCUAAUGUUCAGGAGCAAUGUGGUCGGUCGUAUUCUAUCGUUUAUGUUAAAAACACGCAUUUUAUUUAUGUAAAACAUUAUUUUUUGUUUAAGAACCAUAAAACAAGGUUCCACAACGUUCGUGUGAGUUAAUUCCGUGUUAAUUUAUUUCUUAUACGUUCCCGUCGUUUAUGAUGCGACUGAAUAUCUUUUUAUUGUAAUAUUUCAAUAAUGGUAUGUAUUUUUAAGCUCU